GGUUGAUGUGGCACUGCCGCCUAUGCGCAGGCGCAGUAGCGCUCUCUCCUGACAGUAAGAUGGCGCCCGUCAGUUCGUGCUCGGCUCUGUUGACGUUUUUCAUUCUCAAUAUUUUUUACGGCUUCAUCACCGCCUUGUACUUCCACAUCGGAGAAACGGAGAAGAAAUGUUUCAUAGAAGAAAUCCCAGAUGAGACGAUGAUUAUCGGCAACUAUAGGACUCAGCUGUACGACAAACACAAAGAAGAAUAUCUGCCAGCCACUCAGGGUCUGGGCAUGUUUGUGGAGGUCAAAGACCCCGAUGAGAAGGUGAUAAUGUCUCGACAAUACGGCUCCGAGGGAAGGUUCACCUUCACAUCUCACACGCCCGGAGAACAUCAGAUCUGCCUGCACUCCAACUCAUCUAAGUUCUCCCUCUUCGCCGGAGGCAUGCUGAGAGUCCACCUGGACAUCCAGGUGGGCGAGCACGCCAACAACUACGCCGAAAUCGCCGCCAAAGACAAACUAUCAGAACUGCAGCUGCGGGUCAGGCAGCUGGUGGAGCAGGUGGACCAGAUCCAAAAGGAGCAGAACUACCAGAGGUUCCGGGAGGAGCGCUUCCGCCAGACCAGCGAGAGCACCAACCAACGCGUCCUGUGGUGGUCUAUUGUGCAGACCCUGAUUCUGGUGGCCAUUGGCAUCUGGCAGAUGAGACACCUCAAGAGCUUCUUCGAGGCCAAGAAGCUGGUGUAAACGCUCGUUUGUGUGAGUGCAACUUGGGGUGUGCUCCAAGUCUAUAAAGAGAUGCAGUAUAGUGCGGGGAUGCUGUGCACAAAAGUUACUUGAGACCAUUGCUAAUAUUUAUGAUUUCCUUUUGGACGGAAGUAUUUGGAUUAUCCAAUGAAAUGUGAAGCAGGCCCACGGCAUCGCGUACUGACAGAUUCCUAUUUCAAAAGUCGACGUUGACGACUUAAAGUCAUACAUUGUGCUGCAUGUGUGACAUCACGUGUGAUCACUGCACAUUUGAACUCAUGUCAAACUAUUUCAUUUUAGUGUUAUACACCCCCCCCCCCCCCCCC